AUGUCUGUGAAAGAAAUGGAUGCUGCAUAUAAGCAAGCCCUGGAAUCUAAUAGACAUGAACCAACAAAUUAUAAAAAUAGUUCUCACAAGGAUGGAGUAUUUGAAGUCCUUCAAUCUUUACGCAAAAAUGAAAAAUUUUGUGAUAUUAAGUUACAAACAGAUGAUGGUAAAAUAAUAUUUGGACAUAAAAAUAUAUUGGUAUCAGCUAGCCCUUACUUCAAUGCUAUGUUUUCUAAUUUUAAUGAGAGUAAUAAAGAUCUUGUUAAUAUAAGAAAGUUAGAUUUCCACAUUUUACAACUGCUGAUAGAUUAUAUUUAUACUGGUGAAAUCAUUGUCACUGAAAAACAUGUACAGGGUUUGCUGCCAGCAGCAAAUCUCUUACAGUUAGAGUAUGUAACAAGUGCAUGUGCUGAUUUUUUAAUAACACAGUUGGAUCCUUCAAAUUGUCUUGGUAUCCAAAGAUUUGCUGACGUACAUAACUGUGUGGAAUUGUUGAUAAGUUCUGAAGCAUAUAUUAAAAAACAGUUUUUGGAAGUGGUCCAAUUUGAUGAGUUUCUAUCUUUAUCUUCUGAAGAAGUAAUUAAGCUAAUUUCCUGUGAUGACCUUUUUGUUCCAUUAGAAGAAAAAAAAAGAUUUUUUGCCCAAUCUGAUGGAACAUGUAAAGAUUAUGUAUUUGAAGCGUUGCAGUUUUAUGUACUUAAGUCAGUAUAUCCUUUCACCAUUCCACAAACGAUUAGAAGUACACCUAGGAAAUCUGGUGGUUUACAGAAAAUUGUUCUAGCAUUGAGUUAUUCUUCCGCAAUGCAAAAGAGUUUUACUAACUGGUUUGACCCAUUUAUUAACCUUUGGCAGAUUGCUCCAGGAAUGACUAAAAGCCGCAAUAAAGCUGGUUUAGGUGUAAUAAAAGAUACAUUUGUAUUAGCCUUGGGUGAUGUUAUUAACUCAAGUUCUCAAUCUGUUGAAAUGCUUGAUUUAUCAUCACAAUCGCCCUGUUGGGUACAGAUAGUUGACAUGUUAGUUAGUCGCCAACAUUUAGGAGUUGGUAUUUUAAAUGAUAGUAUAUAUGCUGUUGGUGGACAUGAUGGUACUAGUUAUUUAAACAGUGUUGAAGUUUUUGAUGUCAGUAUUCAAAAAUGGAAAAUGGUAUCAAGUAUGUCUAUUAGAAGAAGUCAUUUUGGUGUUGGAGUACUCAAUAACCUCCUAUAUGCGGUUUUAAUGGGACAGUAUUGA